GGCCCUGGUCGCCCCAGGGGACGACGCUCGGCAAGGUUUAGACGUUUGAAGCCUGGAAGGGUCAUUUUAGAAGAGUUUGGCCUGCUUUUUCUAUCUUCUUCUUCCUCUAUGGAAUAGAAUCAUACAACAGAUGUAGAAGUGUAGUUUUGUUUAGUUUGGUUCUACGCCGUGCUUGAUGCUCGAAUGCUAAAGGUUCAAUGGGGGCAAUUGCAAACCGAAGAUGAAUAGAUGCUGGUGCCAGGCAAACAAAGUUCAUAGAAUAAGCACCAGUCCUUUUUGCCAUCGGACAAACGUGGCUGAAUGUGCAGGUGCAUGUAACUGUCAUUCCAACAUUUCCAUUUCAACACGUUUUCCUUGAGACAAUGAUCAAUGCCGUGUUGUCCAGCUUGGCCGACCCAAUUGAACUUGCUGGUAGCCUCUGCCCGUUUCCAAAGAGAAACAUUUCUGUUCGGUGCAACAUCACCGACGUCCCUGUCCUGGAUGUAUUCUUGUGAAGGUGAGGUGUUGUGAUUUGCUAGUUGCAUCUAAUUGCCACAAGCAGAUCUAGCCAGUUGGGAAUAGGCUGCGUCAUUUCGUUUCACCGUGCGAGGCAAACGUUCGCUGCUAGGCCGUGAGAUCGGUCGUCGAGUCGUGGAUGGCGGUAACGAGUCGUCGGUGUCCGGGAUGAAGUGUACCGCAGACAUUUGGCCCUGUCCGUCAGUGUAUCGGUCACAGUGCGGACGGUAGACAAUGGCAGAGGAGGAAGAAGUGAACCCCAAGGCUUACCCUUUGGCCAAGGAAGCCCUUACCGUGACCAUCUUGGACUUGGUGCAACAAGCAGCCAACUAUAAGCAGUUGAAGAAGGGGGCAAACGAGGCCACCAAGACUUUGAACCGAGGAACUGCUGAGUUGGUGAUCCUGGCCGCGGAUGCGGAGCCCCUAGAGAUCUUGCUUCACCUGCCCUUGGUGUGCGAAGACAAGAACGUGCCGUACGUCUUCGUGAAGUCCAAGACUGCUCUAGGGCGAGCAUGUGGCGUGUCAAGGCCGGUGAUUUCCUGCUCCAUCACUUCGAAGGAAGGUUCCCAGCUGAAUACUCAGAUUCAGGAUUUGAAGGACCAGAUUGAGAUGAUCCUGACUUAACAUGACUUUGGCAGAGCUUGUGGAAUUGGUGGUGACCUUGAAGAGCUGCAAGAAGAAACAACGUGCGAUUCGCGAGGCAAAAAUGUCUGAGUGCCCA